AUGGAUUUGAAUCUUGGCCUUUCACCUUGCUGGUGGCCUUCAAUUUCAUCGUUUUCCGCAAAAGAUCACUCCUUGACUCCAGGCUUACGUCUUGAAAUGAAUGAAAACUCUGGCGUCCAGUUUAUGGGCGCCAGAACCAAGCGAACACAUCGUGAGAUGACCACAGAGAACGAUGGAAGCGGCGAUGCCGCCUGGGAACAGCACUUCCACCCCCCUCGCUCCGACCACGCUAGAUCUGAAUCCACCCGGUUGCCACCCAGAAGACGACGAGAGGGAUUCGACUACCGCCGGCCGGUGAUGCUUUCACCUGGAGAUAAUGUCGUGAUCGACUUGACCGAUGAUGCAGACUCUCCUCGAGGAAACGCGACACAAUUUUCCGGUCCUCUCCAUACCCCACACCCACACCGUCCGAGAUUGCGAUUUCCCCGAGAUCUGAUGAACCACACGACGCCUACGGCUGACCAACCCACUGUGAUUGAUCUAGAAUCCGAGACAACGGUUGAUCCAGCAGACCUUUCGCCGAACAGUGAGGAUGUUCAGAUUAUUGGGUCUUCUUCGGUCAGGCCAAGACCAAUAGAACCAAGGUUCUUGGACAACAAUGGUAUUCCAAUGCACUUUCCUCCACAUAUACGGCCAUCGAGAGUAUCGGGGCAUGGACGAUCAAGCAGAGAUGAGGAAAUGUCGCUCAGGCGUGCCGGGAGUGACCUCUAUUCGUUGAUGACCGAAACGCUUAACUUUGGAGUACCUGGCUUUGGCUAUGCUCAGCCUAGUCAGCCUGCGCCCCGCCCCCGCCGAUCAUCAUAUAAAGGACUCAGCCCGGCCCCGGAGGGAUUUACUCGGCUUUUGGCAGAAGAUGACGUGCCUGUCUGCCCGAACUGCCAGGAAGAGCUGGGGACCGGAGAAGGGCUGAAACAACAGAUUCAUAUUGCAAAACCAUGUGGCCAUGUCUAUUGUGGCGAGUGCGCUGCGAAUCGGUCCAUCUCCAAGGCGAAGAAGACUGCCUCCAAGACAAAGCCGUUCUCCAAGUGCCAAGUUGCAGGUUGUAAUAAACCUGUAAGCAGCCCCACCGCCAUGUAUCACCUCUAUCUGUGA